AUUGGAAGAACAGAAGGAGCGAAUCAAAAGAAUAGCCAAAAAUGGACAAAAGUAUGCUCGGAGAUCUGGGAACUCUUCCACCGGAAGAUCAGGCUCGAAUGUCCACCAUGAUCGACCAGCUCCAAAUCCGCGACAGCCUGAGGAUGUAUAACACACUUGUGGAGCGGUGCUUUACAGAUUGUGUGGAUACAUUCAGACGCAAAACUUUAGAUAAGCAAGAGGAGACGUGUGUUCGUAGGUGUGCUGAGAAGUUUUUGAAGCAUUCAAUGCGUGUUGGAUUGAGAUUUGCUGAACUCAACCAAGGGGCCGCUACUCCAGACUAAACCAGCUCAUAACUCGCUGGCCGGCCUCGUUUGUUUUGAGGUAGUUAGUAAGUAUCUGCAGCUUUUACUCUUCAAGUAAACACCAUAAGGAUGUGUAUAUCGUCAAGCGAUAUAUGUGCUUGCUAAGUUUUAUAAACAUUUUUCCGUUAAUGAUCGCACACAUCUCUGUUCGCUUCUCCCCCCUUUUUGUACCAAGAUUUUGGCUUUAUUGGUUUAAUUAUAUACAAUCUUGUUGCUUUUCAUAC